AAGGAUUAUAAAUUUUUGCAUCAUUGUGUGAAAAAUUAAUAGGUUUUGUGACACUCUUCCGCAACCAUAGCUGAACUGGUCCAAUUUACAAAGUCUCCUCAUUGAAUCAAAAUUUAAACCGUCGAGAAUGGUUCAUCAACUUGAGAACCCUGAGAAGGUUGCGGAUGAUGGAUACAUCAAGGGUCCAGAGGAAGAAACUCUCCUUCCGGACACGAAAGAUGGUUUGAGUGAUUUACCAGAUGACGCGAAUUCAGACACAGAAUCUUCCAAGAAGAUCUCGAAAGUUCUGUCAAAAGACGUUGCUCUCCAAUUGCCUUCAGAGGAUACAACUUGCGGCAUAGGAUUCAUCAGAGGCAAAUUCCUCCAGAAGUUGGCGACCAAGAAUUCCUACGCCGUCGUAUACGGUAUCCUGGGCUUUGUGUUCGCUUCAACCUACUCUUACAUGAAUGGCAUCAUAACAACUCUGGAAAAGAGGUUCAAGAUCCCGUCAACUAAUACAGGAAUCAUCAUGGUAGGUUCGGACAUCACCACGCUCGCGGCGGGACUGCUUCUCAAUUAUUACGGAGGAAGAGGACACCGGCCACGGUGGAUAGGCUUCGGUACCCUCACCGUGGUAGUCUACUGCCUCAUGAACGCUCUCUGUCACUUCAUUUACGGCCCGGGGGAGGAUGCUUUAGACCUGACCAAGGAGUUUGGUGGCCACUUCAACGCCAGUGUCACUGCUAUUCUUAUAGAUGCAGAAAACCGGAAGUCCCUGUGCCAGAGGGAGGAAGUGACGGAAGACUGCAGUACAGAAGUAGGAAACUUUGCUCCGCAAGUGAUCCUAUUCUGUGCUAACCUUAUCGCGGGUAUAGGUGGCUCUCUUUACUAUACUUUGGGGGUAUCGUACAUGGACGACAACAUUCCAAGAUCCAAGUCUCCUUUAUUUGUCAGUAUCUCGUUCUUUUUACGCAUGAUCGGUCCCGUGAUUGGGUACACCUUAGCGUCAGUGUGUCUCACCAUAUUCAUCUCCCCCACCCUUACGCCGACAAUCACCAAGAAGGACCCUCGAUGGAUCGGUGCUUGGUGGAUGGGUUGGCUGUUUAUUGCUGCUUUAUUGGCAAUCUUCGGGCUUAUGUUAUCGCUGUUUCCAAAGACCCUACCAAAGGCUGCAUUAAGGCAAGCUGUUGCAGAAGAGAAUCGCAAGGCUGCUGGAAAGGACGUCAAAGAAAAGAAAGAAGAGAUUCCUACAUCAUUGAAAGAUAUGAUGAUAACUAUGAAAAGGCUGAUGAAGAAUAAGGCACUAACAUGCAACAACUUCGCAUCUGUCUUCUUCAUAAUGGGUUACAUGCCUUACUGGAUCUUCAUGCCAAAAUACAUAGAGGUUAUCUUCAGACAGUCCGCAUCCUUCUCUAGCUUUAUCACAGGUGUGGUGUCGUUGGUGUGCGCCGGAAUCGGUAUUCUAAGCUCAGGAGUGUACAUCUCCAAGGCCAAGCCCAGUGCGCGGUCCUUAGCUGCUUGGAACGUGUUUAUCGGCCUCACCAACGCUCUGGGAAUCUUCUCUUACACCUUAAUCGGGUGUCCAAUAAACGAUAGUCAGGCAGCUAUGAUCACAUCUGGACAGAUGGAGACCACUCUUUGUAAUCAAAACUGUCAUUGUGAUUUCGUCAAGUACUCCCCCGUCUGCUCACCGGACGGACGCACCUUCAUCUCUCCCUGUCACGCUGGCUGUAGUGAUUACAGUGAACUCGCCAACGGCACAAAAGUGUACUCCAACUGCUCCUGUGUGCCCCAACUACCAUCCAACCUUUCCGAGGUCGAUACACAAGACUUGCUGAAGGAUCCUGAUAACGCCUGGGUCCUCACAGAGGGAAUUUGUCCUGUGGAUUGCAGUAACAAACUGAUCAUAUUUAUGGCAGUUUUUAGCAUUGUCAAACUCGCAGCGUCCUCUGGAAGAACCACAAACUUCCUUCUCUCAUUAAGGUGUGUGGACGACGCGGACAAGACCAUCGGCAUGGCGAUAGGUGUCGUGCUUAUGAGUAUCUUCGCUUUCGUACCGUCACCAAUUCUCUUCGGCCAUAUAAUCGACACGACUUGCCUGGUUUGGGGAAAAACUUGUUCCGGAUCCGGUAACUGUUGGCUGUAUGAUGCAGACAAGCUAAGGCAUCGAUUUAAUCUCACAGCUUCUGUAUUCAUCUGUAUUGGCUGUAUGUUUGAUAUUGCACUUUGGUACUUCGUAAAAGGUCUGAAGAUUUUUGAAGAAGAAGAAGACAUGGAAUUCAAUGUACCCCCGCAUAGGACAAAAACAGAAAGGAGAUAAAUUCUGUUUUAAAUUAAAUAAAAUAUUUGUUACAAA